AUGGAUAAAGACAAAUCUAAAGUAGUUGAUAAGAAGGAUGAGGUUGCGAAGUUCAAAGGAAAGGAGUUUGGACAGAGAAAAAAAAAGAUUGUAAUAUGCUAUAAGUGUCAUAAACAAGGGCAAUAUGCAGGUCAAUGCCCCAAUAAACGAACCGUUAUGAUUUUAGAGAAUGGCGAAUGGGAAUAUGUCAAUGAUGGUGAGGGCGAUGAGGUAGUAGAGGCUGAAGCAGAGGCUGGAAGUGAUGAUGAAAUUGAAGAACUGUCGCAAGAAGCUGAGCAUUUCCGCCAUUCCACUCGAGACUGCCGUCGUGAUGCUGAACAUUUACAUAGGACUAUGCGAGAUGUGCUAAAAUCAAAAGGAGUUGCUGUUACCAUUUUGGCGAAACCUUCCGAGGGAGACGAUGGCAAGCUGCUGCUUAGUCUCAAAGAGUUCAACAAAGAAGUUCGCCAAAUCAAUAACCAAUAUGAGGGAAACUUACUUAAGGAGUUUGAGGAUAUUUUUCUGGAUGAUAUACCACAUAAAUUACCACCAUUGCGAGGCAUUGAACAUCUUGUUGAUUUUGCACCAGGUGCAUUAAUUCCAAAUAGGCCAGCUUAUAUGUGUAAUCCAAAUGAAAGUGAAGAAACUCAUAGACAAGUCCAAGAGCUUCUUGAUAAGGGAUGGGUUCGAGAAUCUUUAUCUCCUUGUGUUGUACCUAUUUUACUUGUCCCUAAAAAGGAUAACUCAGGGCGUAUGUGUGUUGAUUGCAAGUCUGUCAAUGUAAUUAAUGUGAAAUACCAACAUCCAAUCGAGGGAUUGGAUGAUAUGCCUGACGAGUUGCAUGGAGCACGGUUGUUUACAAAAAUUGACUUAACGAGUGGAUACCAUCAGAUUCGUAUGCAACCUGGAGAUGAGUGGAAAAUAGCUUUUAAAACCAAGUUUGGGUUGUAUGAGUGGCUAGUCAUGCCAUUCAGUACUUGUUUGGAGGACUAUCUUCAACAUGUUAGCCAAGUUUUUCAUGCUUUAAGAAAUGCUAAAUUGUAUGGUUCAGAUGGUCUUAAGGUUUAUGAAGCUAAGAAGAAUGUUCCAUUUAAGUGGGAGUCAAGUCACGAAGCCGCCUUUGAGAAGCUUCGGGAUAGUUUGACACAUGCUCCGGUUUUGGCACUACCUGAUUUUGAACGAGCUUUUGAAGUCCAAUGUGAUGCUAGUGGAGUUGGUAUUACUAGUGGCGAAGAGUACUUUGAAGCCCCAUGGUUUUCAAAGAUGGCUCACUUUAAACCUUGUGCAAAAAUGGUGGAUGUUAAUCAUGUGGCGAAACGUUUCUUUCGAGAGGUUGUGAAAUUGCAUGUGGUUUCAAAAACUGUUGUAUCGGACCAGGAUGUAAAGCAUGUUAGUACUACUACUAAAUUGUCCCCGUUUGAGGUUGUUUAUGGUUUUAACCCUCUAACCCCUACCGAUAUAUUGCCACUACCUAGUACCGAGCAUUUGAAUUUUAGUGGCAGGGACCGAGCUACAGCAAUCAAGGAAUUACAUGCCAAAGUAUGGGAGAACAUUGAUAAGGCGGCCGCGACAUACGGACACUAUGCCAAUCGCGAAGAAAACGCGUGA